AUGAAACUAGAUACAAAUACAUGUCCCAUCUGCAUUUCCAAAACAGAUGCAGAGGUCAAUUCAGAUAAUGAAGAACUAGAUAACGACAAAGAUUCAUGGAUAUGUUGCGACAUAUGCUCCCAAUGGUUCCACCCCACUUGUAUAUCUCUCUCACCAUUUGAUGUGAAUCGGAUUUGUUCGUUCCAUUGUUCUUCGUGCGAAACUGAGCAUGGGCCAUCGGAGCUACGGCGGCAGCUGAAGCGCGCUAAGAUCCAUAUAGACUAUGUUGCAUUAAAUCAGGGGGACUUGUUUGCUGUAAAUAAGUCUGAACACCCCCAUGUAAGGAAAUUGCAGUCGUUUGAGCCGUCUGUCGACCGGAAGAAACAACUAUACAUCGAGGUCUUGGAAAGCGAACAACUUGAUGUCAAGCAUGUUCUCAAUUCCCGUCUCACAAAGCCAAUUUUGGUCCCCUCAGUCACUGAAGAGAGCGGCAUGAAACUACCUGUAACACGCGAUAAACUCACUGUCGAAUAUAUCACACAAAAGACUGGUGGCAACGAGACAGUUGAAGUCAUGGAUGUGCUCUCGCAGCAGAGCGAAUCGCCAUCGUGGACGCUUGAAAAGUGGUGUCAAUACUUCUACACUCCUGCUGAUAGAAGAGACCGCAUACGAAAUGUAAUCUCUCUAGAAGUGUCGCAGGUGGAAGAAUUAGGCUCCAGUUUCAUACGUCCGGCAAUGGUGAGAGAAAUGGAUAUGGUUGAUUUAGUUUGGCCUCUCAACGAGCUCAAAGACCAAGUCGAUACUGAGGAGCGUCCUAAAGUGACUACGUAUUGUCUCAUGUCCGUGAAAGAUUCCUAUACAGAUUUUCAUAUUGAUUUUUCUGGAACUCCCGUCUAUUACACAGUGUGUGAGGGUAGCAAGGAGUUUGUAAUGUUUCCACCCACACAUCUGAACCUUGAGUUGUACGAGCAAUGGUGUCUAGAAGAGGAGCAGAAUCAUAUAUGGUUCUGCGAUUAUGAAAAACGCAUCGAUGGAAAGAUGUGUCGUGCAACCGACGGCUUUAAAGUACACUUACAGAAGGGCGAUCUAUUUAUUAUUCCAAGUGGUUGGAUUCACUCCGUUUUCACCCCUAGCGAUACAGUUGUUGUGGGUGGUAAUUAUUUGACAUUCAUGGACAUUCCCAUGCACAUAAAAAUCUAUGAUCUUGAGCGGCGUACAGGCGUUCCGUCACGCUAUCGGUUCCCAAAAUUUAACAAGGUAUUGUGGUUAGCGAGCUGGUAUUUGCUCCACAACACCAACAACUUCAUCUCGCAAGUUGAGAAGCCAGAAGUGUCAAUCAAAACAGAACAAUCUGGAGAUAGUAUUUGUGUGAAACAGGAAAAUCUUUCAGGAAAAGACGACCUUAGUAUUGCAAAAGCGGCUUCGCUAGACUCUAACAACUCACAAGACCUGAAACUAGAGUGCACCAGAAACAUUCUUUGCUCAUUGAUUCCACACUUACGGAAUCAUUACGAAUUGAGUAAGGACUCACAGAUCGCAAAGAAGAGCAUACCAACAAAACUCAUAGGCCGAAACGUCGGGCUAUAUUUAAACAAACUCCAGAGCUUUCUAGACUCUCUUUGA